AUGCCUAUUACCGAAGUUAUUACAAGUCGUCCACCAAAUGACCCUAUUGCUUUUAAUAAGGAGAUUGUGACAAUUAUUUCAGAAAUUAAUCCAGAAGAUAAUGCGACCACAACUGCUCGUGUAUCUGCUGCAAUAAAAAAAUACAUGGAUAUUGACAAUACCCAUGGAAUCUUUUUGUUUACUGAUUACCCUUCCACCAAUAGACUUAAUGUGUAUUCUAGACAUAAAUACCCUCAAAAAAAGGACAACUUUGAUAGGUUUACGAAAUUCUUUUUUUUUUCUCUGGGGCUUGAGGUGCAAUGCCUUAUCAUAAAGACAUCUUCGGAACGCCCGGUAAUAGCCGAAUUGAAAAAUCACCUUAGUGUCGUGUUCGUCUAG